UCUUUCUUUUUCGAUUGUGCCGUCCGGUCUCGCGGUGCUGUGCGCUCAUCGCCGGGCAGUGCUUUCCUCGCCUCCUCCAAGGUGAAUACCGAGUUACGCUCCUACGAUACCGAGUUACGGUCCUACGGUGCAGAGUUACGGUGCCCCGAUCCCGCGUUUUCGGCCCAGAUGCCCGGCUUAUCCGGGCCCAGGAAGCCAACCGUCUCGUCGGAUAAAAAGUGAAUCCGUUCCUUUCCUUCUUCUUCUUCGUCAGUGGCCGUGGCCGCCCGGACCGGCCGGCGGUUUUGGGGCUUCAGUUUCCUUUUCGGUUCGGCGCCGCGCAGUGAUGUAGCCCCGCGUAGUGUCCGUUGAGUAUUCGUGUGUGUUGAGUUCGCAGCUGAUCGGACUUGUAGAUUUUUGUAUCGGCUUUUGGUGCGGUGGAUUCGGAGCCAGGAUUUUAAACUUUUCCCUCAAGAUGAGAUGGUACUUCUUGGUGACGCUGCUGUCAGCCUUGCUGCAGCUAAGCGUGGCAGACAACCCAAACCCCAACCCAAACUCAAACCCUCCGGCCCAACCUCAAGUACAAGUAACCCGAACCUCGGUCAAGAUCGCCCGUAGCCUCAACCCGGACGCGACGGAGACGAUGACCGUCCGGACUCGAACCGGGGACAUCGCCACGCUCAUCGUCAAGAAACGCGAAGAGGGCGCCCGGUCGCUCCUCAUCCCUCCCGGGGCUGAGAUCCACCCCUCCGCGGAGCGAAAAGACGCCGAGCGACAAAGCAUCGAGAGCCUCCGGUCUCGAGUCCGCGUCGGGAAAAGCGUCGCAAAAGAAGAAUCGACAGUGUCGCCCCUGCCGGCACCGGUCGUCAUCAACUCCAGCACCGUCCUCGUCAAAGAAAACCCUGCGAAAAACUCCAGCAGGGACAGCCGACGCCUACAGAUCGACUCAGACGGGAUCCCUAUCAUUCACGGGAUUCGCGUCCCGGAUGACGAAAGCGAUAAACAGGUCUGGCGGAACGCCAGAGUCAUCAACGGGAUUCUAGUCCCUUACGAUAAGGGGAACAAAAAACAUCCCUUCAAUAUCACAAAAACGGCAACGGCUAGUUACGAGUGGUCGAAGAUCAAGAAACCAGUCACCCAGACGUUACAUACGAGCACUGUCAAGGUUACACUCCCGCAACCGGGUUUGAAUAAAUGGAAACCCAGCUCCAACGAUCGCGUCGGUUUGGUGACUAGUAAACCCUACUCGAACGGGUUUUUAAAAACGGAUUCGUCGAACCUGAACCCCAGCUGGCAGAAGGUCGACCCAUCUCCGCCGAAACCCUCCGUGGCAAGGGAGAAGUACAAGCAGCAUCCUUCCGGCUUGUGGAUCCGCGAGGACGAAACGACCGCCAAUUACGAAGAGAAAUACGUGACGGACAAGAUCAUCGAUUACAUCAGGAAUAUAAACAAGCAGGAGAUGUACAACCAGAACAACAAUAAGAAGUUCACGAUCCGUGACGCCCGGAUGGUGCGCAACACGCCGACCGCGACCGAGAAGACGGGUGGUAUCCAGUCCCGCGUGUUGCAUAACCCGGGGAACAGUGUAUACCCGAACUCCUUGUUGUAUUCGCCCACUUCGAAGGCGCCCUCGAGGGUGUCUUUCGAGGACGGUGUGCGGACGCCCGUUCUGCAGUACGCUCACCCGGAGUUGGGCGUCCAGGCGGCCAAGGUCACGGCGCCCUCCAAUGAUGAGCUCAUGCUGAAAGGGGAUGGGCGGAGGGAGCAGGCGUUGGCGUAUUUCUCGCAUGAUAUUCAUGCUGAUAGGAGUCCGUUCGCCUUUGAGCCCGGGCUAGAGGAAGAGGCCAAGGUUGAAUUGCCAGAGGCGGGGCCUACUGGAAGCACGAAAAAGGGGCGCGAUACCUCCGGGGUCCUCUCGCGGCCGAAGAAGACGCUAUCCUACUUCUAUGAUAACCAGGCUGUGCAUGCGCCCCACGCGCCCCAUGCGCCUCAUGCGCCUUACCCGGAUAUAACCUACAACAAGUAUCACACGAAGGGCGGCCCGAGUUACAAGAUCAGCGGCUACCCGAGCCCGUACUACCAGGCCCAGGUGAGCGAGAACCGGCCGUUCUGGGAGCGGAUAAGCGAGUCGUUCAAGGAGCAGAUGCAGACCGGGAUCGAGAGGGUGUCGGACCUGACGCGGCCGGUGGUGGAGCCCCUGGUGGAGGCCACGCACAAGAUCUCCCAGAACCUGGGUCUCAACGGAGGCGGCAAGGAGCUCUCCACCAUCAAGGAGAAACUCGGGGUCGCUAGUUCCUCAUCCGUUCUCCUCCCCGCCCUCGGACUCGUCGCCGGAGGGGCUGCUCUCGGACUCGGGGCGGUCGCUGUUGGAAGAACCACCAUGGACGGCACAGAGGUCGUUGAAAUGUGAUCUCAUCGUAAUGAGGAGUCGCAUAACCAGACUGAUACAAACCAAAGACGUAAAAAAUGGUCGUUUUAUCCUUUAGUAAAAUUUAGCGUGGGUGCUAGUUUAAACCUCUUCCUCUAACUGCAGACACCGGAAGGGAGUUAAAACGGGCAUUCAAUUUGAACACUUUCUUGGGUGAUAGUCCUUUGUUCGUCCCCAAAAUCAGGUCAGUCAGGCCUUUGUAGUCAAAAGCUGAUAAGAUUCGACGCAUAAGUUUGUCUUAAAAUUAGCAGGGCUUAUUGUUAGAUUCCUGUGCAAGACUUAUGUUUUUUUAAACUGUUUAUAAUCAUGUCGAUCAGUUAACAGUAGCUAAGAGCUAAUCGAUGGUGAAAGUCGAAAAAGACGUAUCUCAAUUUAUGAUAUUUCAAGUAUUUGUCUCUUAAUUUUUCGGAAAACUAAUUAUUGAAUAUAUUUUAAGAAAUUUUUAUCAAUUUUCUCCCGAAUCAGGUAUAACUAGAAUUUCUUUUAUAAAUUAUGGAGUAACGUUCAUUUCUUUUCUUUGAGAAAAUUACACAAUUGCCAAGUCAUAGAGACAUCAAAUUUAAAGAAGGUACUCCUUUUCAAAUUCUUGCUUUCAUCAUCGUCAUGAGAGUGAGUGUAUAGAUUGUUAUAGUUCUGACUAAGGUUUCUGCACGAAAAAAAAAAAAUAUAAAACAACGUCAACUGUAGUGACUACUUUUCCGAUAUCGGUUUUGUGAUCCGAUAUAUAGGGUGUUCCAAAAGUCCUUAGUUCCUCUUUUAAAAUUUUGUCUUAAUGGCGUCUUUAAAACAAAUCGCGGGGAAUGUUUCUUGGUCAAGGAGGAGGACUGUAGUGGUGCUUAAGUAGUACUUUUCAGUAAUCGUCUCUGACCAAGAAACAUUCCUCGAGUUUCGUUUCAGUAGCUCGCCUAGAAAACAUUCUAAAAGGGAAUUUUGCGAUCCCCUGCAUUUAUGUGAAGAUUGAAUUAUAAAAUUUGUUUAAAGUUAAUAAAUGUAUAGGUAUUCCGUGCUUGAUGUUUUUUUUUAAAUACUACGGAGUAUGUUUUGUUCUUCCGAGCAGAAGAGAGUUCUUACUUUCAGAUUUUCUAAAAGACUCUCUUCUAUUUUGUUUUUUUUAUCGGUCUCUGGUUCAGUAAAGUAAAAUUCACAGCUUUGAUGGGAAUCCUUUCAAUUUUGACUUUUGUCCUCCGUUAUGUAUAGUGAUGCAAAUUGACUGAGAAUGACACUUGCGGGAACGUUCCAUUAUAUUUUAGACGACGGUGACAUGACAGUCAAAAUUUGAAGGAUAUCUCACCAGGUUAUUUAUUGCAUAAUAAUGUAUAUAAAUAAUUUGGUUCUUAUUUUGUUUGAUUUUUCAGUCUCUUUUUAGUUCAACGUUUAAACGUUUUACUAAAGUUAAAUACCUGUAGAGAUAAAUACAUUUCACAUGAUAUUAGGCAGCCUUUGCUACUGAUUAUUUUGUGCUUGAAUUCAGUAACAGCGAUUGAUAAUUUUGUUUUAAAUUUUACCCGGAUUUUUCGCAAUUUUUCCAUGGUGCCAACUUAAUUUUGCAAUCAUGGGCCAUCGAGACGUUUUCCAGCGCUAUUGAUGUAAUUUGAGAUUUGCUCAUUCCUCUCUUUUUUAAUUUAAAUGAGAAAGUUAAGAAAGGGAAAAAUAACUGUUUCAGCAGUCGGAAUUGAAAAUUAAAAAGAGGAAAGCAAAACGGCAUCAAUCAUAAAUACGGCGUUCUCAAAUAAUGAGCUGGAAGUUAAAUCGCUCGAGAGCCAUUUUUUACAACUAUUGUAUAAUAUAAUUAUAGCUUUAAAUUAUUUAUUUUUGUUCUUCGUUUUUCACAUUUAUUUAUUUAUUUAUUUAUAUAUAGUUAAUUGUAUUUAUAUUUUUAAAGUUUUUGCUAAAAAUAUGUAUAAAAUGACUGUGAUUUUAACUCUUAUUUACCACCUUAAUUUAUUGCUUUGAAAACCUACAUUCAAUUUUACACUGACUAAAGUUCUAUGUUGACAUGUAAUGCAUUAGGUUGUUAAUUUUUUCAAAUACUCUAAAUUAAAUUUUAGUGACUUUCCAUAACAAUAGCCGGUCAAAAACGCAUUGUUCAGUUUAUCGUGUUGUCAAUAAAGUUGUUUGAAGGAUCCGAACAAUUGCGAGACUCCUAUUUUUUAGUAUGAAAUAAGUUUCAUCCGUGUGUAGAGUGAGACUUUCUUUGAGGAACAUUGCUACUGGAAAAGAGUAAUCAGUUAUAAAACAGAAAAAUAUGUCUACUGAUAAAAAGUUUGAAAAAUUUCAGUUCAACGUUGACUAUUUUAUACAUUAAUCAAAUGUUGACUUAAAAUACACUC